AUGCCCCUCACAAAGGACCUUCUCCACCCAUUCCCAGAGUAAAAGAAGAGGAAGCACAAGAAUAUGCACAAAGGCCUCAUGGAUAUGAACUGUCCAGGAUGCUACAAAAUCACCACCGUCUUUAGCCAUGCACAAAUGGUAGUUUUGUGUGUUGACUGCUCCACUAUCCUCAGCCAGCCUCCAGGAGGAAAAGCAAGGCUUACAGAAGGAUGCUCCUCUGAUGGAAGAAGCACUAAAAGCACCCUGAAUUGA